AUGGCGGCCGACUUCCAAUGUAGAAGCGCGGUCGCGGAGAGAAUCCGUGUCAUUUGUGUCGUUCGUGCCGAUCGUGUCGAUCGUGCCGACAACGAUCCAAUAUUCGAUCCAGAAACUAUAAUCGCGAUAACUCACAUAGAAGGGAUUGUCUCCAUUUUUGAAAGGCAGCAUCUUAAUGUUCAAACGACAAGAUCUUGGGACUACAUGGGUUUAUCUUUAGAGAUUCCUCGAAAUCCAUCAGUCGAGAGUGACAUGAUAAUCGGUCAUAUUGACAGUGGUAUAAAUCCUGAAGUAAAGAGUUUAUCUGACCACAAUUUAAGCAAUGUUCCGAACAAAUGGAAAGGUGUUUGUGAGGGAGGAAAAAACUUCACUUGCAACAAGAAACUAAUUGGAGCGAGAUACUACGAUGGACACUCGGCAAGGGACAUAAAAGGUCAUGGCACCCACACUGCCUCAACCGCAGUCGGAAGGGAAGUGCAUAAUGCAAACUUUUUUGGCAUAGCAAAUGGGACUGCAAGAGGAGGUGUCCCAUCAGCUAGAAUUGCUACUUACAAUGUGUGUGGUGAGAAGUAUUGUUACGAUGAUGCUACAAUGGCCGCCUUUGAUGAUGCCAUUGCUGACGGUGUUGACAUUAUCACGAUCUCUAUGGCUUAUCUUUCUCCCGUUAACAUUAGUCAAGAUGCUAUUGCCAUUGGUUCCUUUCAUGCAAUGCAGAAAGGUAUUUUAACCGUACAAGGUGCAGGAAAUUCAGGUAUUAACAUCUUAAAAUCUGUUGUAAGCAAUGCACCAUGGUUGUUCACUGUGGCUGCAAGUAGUACCGACCGAAAAAUCAUAAAUAAGUUGAUCCUAGGAAAUGGGCGUACACUCAUUAGCGUUGCAUUGAGUCUUUUGACCACAGGAAGACAUAACAAGAGAUUGGUAUAUGGAAAAGGAAUCACCCGACACUGUAACGAAUCAAGUGCAAUGCAAUGUGUAAUUGAUUGCGUUGACCCUGAUUUAGUGAAGGGAAAGAUUGUAGUAUGUGAUGCUGACGUUGAUAAGUCAGAUGCAAUAUUCGCAACUAUGACUGCCAAUGCGAGUGGAGUUAUUCUUCGAAAGAAUAGAAGUUCAAAUGAUUCUAGUUCAUUGACCUAUUUACCCACUGCAGCUUUAAAUGAUCCUGAUUUUCAUUAUAUUGAAUCUUACAUCAAGUCUACAAAAUUUCCAUCAGCACGAAUUCUAAAAAGUGAGACUAUUCACAGUUAUGCUCCAAUAGUAGGUUCUUUCUCCUGUAAAGGACCCAAUACUAUUUUACCAGAAAUUUUAAAGCCUGAUAUAACUGCACCGGGGAUAGAUAUAUUGGCCGAAUGUCCUAUAGACGAUGGAAAACUUGUUUCCAAUUACGAUAUUCAAACCGGUACAUCCAUGGCGUGUCCUCAUGUUACAGGCGCAGCUGCUUAUGUGAAAUCAAAACAUCCUAAUUGGUCACCUUCAGCUAUCAAAUCAUCUCUCAUGACUACUGCUUGGACUAUGAAUACAAAUUAUAAUGCCGAUGCGGAAUUUGGAUAUGGAGCAGGACACAUUGACCCAGUGAGAGCCGUACAUCCUGGACUUGUGUAUGAGACGUGUAAGGAUAUUAAAGACUAUACCAUUAAAGAGCAAUCCACUUAA